AUGGAGAUGUACCAGAAAUGCUCAUUGACAGUUACGAAUGAGAAUUGGAAAGGCAAGAACGACCCCGUCGAGAGGAGACGGAUCCAGAAUCGUAUCAACCAGAGAGCAUUUCGUCACCGUCACCGUCAACGUCAACGUGAAGGCGAAUCAGCACGGAAUCACCAGUUCCGGGCCAUAUCAAGCGAUUCUCCUCCACCACGAAUGGGAAUGGCUGAUGAGCAGACUCGCAAAGAAGGUCAGGGUGUCGUCUCGGUGCUCGGACGACAGUUGCGAGACCAGUUCCAAGCUGAUCUGGCUAUAGUACAGCAGCGAACAGACUCCCACGCGGCCCGGCAUUUUGAUGUGCUCGCUCACCUGAUUAACCGCAAUUUUCAUGCUGCCGCUUUGGCCAAUGCUCGAGAGCUGGGGAUCGAUCAGCUGGCUCUACAACAAUUGAACCCGAUCUUGACUCCCCGGCGUGAGGAGUCUGUAGCUGCGCCUGACUUGAUACCUGUAGCCCUACAAUAUCGCAUACUGCACGACCCCAUCAUUGAUAUUAUACCUCAUCCACGUCUGAGGCAUAACAUGAUCAGCGCGAUUGCAAGUACGCAGAUUGAUGCGAAGGCGCUCAGCGCUGAACUACGCGGAUCUGGAGCUCUAAUACAUAAUCCGGACGGCAUAUGGCAAAGGUGUGGACUAGUGGUCUCCUGGAGCUCCCCACAUGAGGUGCAGAGCUGGGAGGUAUCGGUUGGCUUCAUGCGCCGAUGGGGCUUCCUGCUGCAAGGCUGCGAGGAUCUGCUAACAUCUACAAACGUCUGGCGAGCGCAGAGAGGAGAAAGCAUGCUGUUUAGGUCCAUGAUUGCUAUCCGGAACUAG